AUGAAGAUUCAAGAAUUAUCAUUUUGUGACAAAAGACGAAUUUGGAAGCAAUGCAAAUAUGAAAUUCUAGAAUCAUUUGCUUUGACAGAUAUGAUAGGUGUCAGAGAUUUGAUCAAAUUGACUUCAAGCAAUCAAGAACAUGAGGUAAAUCAGGCGGAUGAACAACCCAGUCUCUCAAUCAAUUAUAGUAUACAUGGAUCAAAUUCAAAACGAAAACAAACUUGUGGUCUCAAUAUGCUUACUCGUCGCCAUGGUCAUGAACCUCUUGUUCAAAUUGCUUGUCAACUUAUUACUUCAAUGCGUAAUAUGGACUCAUCUCCUUCACUACAUGAUCUUAAUAUGAAGAUUAUUGGUGAUCAGAUUUGUUCUACUUCUUGA